AGUCUGCUACAAUGUUUUUGAAUUAUCACAACAAUGGAAUAGAUUGUCAAAAUGCCUUCCUGUUGCGUUGCUUACUGUCAAAGUGAUUCUAGAUGUAAUACCAGCCUUGUUUCAUUCUUUGGAGUACCUAAGGAUCCGUCUCUAUUUGAAGAAUGGAAAAAGGUUAUUCCCAUCAAAAGAAAAGCUCUCAAUCCAAAGUCACUUGUCUGUCAACUCCACUUCCAAGAACAAUGUAUCAAGAAAACCAACAGGAAACACGGCCCUAGGCGUUUGAAGACUGGUUCCAUUCCAACAUUGCGCCUUACACCUGAAUCAAAUCAUUCCCAUCAGGACACUGAAAAUCAAGCGAGCUUGUCGAUGGUCUUCUCAGUACCUGGCGGAUUGAUUGUAUUAAAGCAGAAGAAUACAAGCAACGACGAAAACAGAUCUCUGUGCAUGGAUCAGUUGAAACUGCCUGGGGAAUCUUGGCGAUCUGUGAAACAAGUGAAUGACCAACAGCAUCCAGUCCUAAUCUGUUACGAAACUAUUAUUGUUAGCUUGGAACCGGUCGUCAGGAAAACGGCACUGAUAAACUUCGAGACGAAAGAGAUCGAGUACAAAGUGUUCCAGAGAAAAUGUCCACCAUUAAAUACUUUUCUUCUCACAACAUUUUCAUCAUCUGCACAAUUGGAAAGUAGUCUCCAGUAUUUCGACUGUGUCAGGACGUGUCCAGGAAUUACCGAUGAAAAGUUUCACGAAUUAAAGGAGUUCAUUUUCCCAUUUGAAUUUUUCGAGAAAGGAACCUGGAGAUCCGACUCAUGUUUGCAGUUAGUUGCUGCAGUCAAACAAAAAACGGAGGAUGACCUUCUUAAAAGUACCUGUUCAAAAUGUAAUAAAAUGCUGAGGACAACUCUGCAGCCGCAUCUUGACAAGACCAAGCAAAGUCCAGCUAAUGUUUUCAAAAACCAAUAUUUACCAAGGGAGGCUCUACUCGCGAAAUUGACGGACCUCCAGAAACAAAACCGGACGUUGGAAUUGGCACUGAAACGUCAGGAAGAGCCUGAAAUGGUUAUGGCGGAUGUUUUAGAAGUGGAAAUGUUUCAACUGAUCGAUAACGACGAAGAAGUCACGGAGGAAAGGCCACCUGGAAAUAAGAAGAUGAAAUACUCGAGAAAGAAGUCAGAUUAAUUUGGUUCUCACCAAACUGUUAUUGAUUUUGCCGCUCGUUACAUUUUUGUUAAUAUUAGUUUUCUGAAAACUAAGUGUAUACAAGGAAAUUUUAGACUUUAUCAAAUAAAUUGUGUUCAAAAUA